AUGGGUUUAGAAUGUCUGAAAGUCAUAAAGCAUCCAACAGAGUUGGAACUUCAGGCAGUCCAAGCAUUGCUAUGCUUAAGUGAUUGGAUGCCAGACUUCUUUGAUGCAGACUCUGUUGUUGUUUGUUUUUUCAUGUGUGAUGUGACUGAGGUGUUUGUGUGCCCUAUUGCCAAUGAUAGUGACGAUGCGGCAUCGCAAACAAGUAAUGGUAAGAAACCAACACGGAUUGAUAAUAGUGGCGGUAUAGAGUUGGCAAAAAGUGUACAUGAAAAAUUCAAGUUUUUAAUAUUUAAUAUAGUAUCUUGGAAUGUUAAUGGUCUUGGAGAUCCGGAUAAGCACUCCAAGUUGAAAAAGCUUGUGAAAUGGUGGAAGCCUACUAUUCUUAUGAUUCAAGAGACGAAGCUUAGUGCUUGUACUGAAGAUAUUGUGUGUCAAUGUUGGGGUGUAACUCCACGUAAGUCGAUAGCUUUAAACUCUUACGGAAGAUCAGGAGGAAUUUUGUUAAUAUGGAACUCGAACAUGAUUGAAGUCGAUGACUUUCUUGAAGGUAUUUUUACUAUAAGUAUUUCUUGCCGUAAUUUGGAAGAUAAUUUUCAUUGGGUUUUGAUCGGGGUAUAUGGUCCUUGCAUUGUGAAUGAAAAAAAAGAAUUUCGUAUGGAGCUUGCUACCUUGCACGGUUAUUGGGAUGGAAUACCUUUGUGUUUCGGUGAAGAUUUUAAUGAGAUAAGAUACAUGGUGGAGAGAAGAGGUUGCCGUAGAGCAUCAAAUUCAAUGAAACUCUUUGAUAAAAUGUGUAAUGACCUUGAUCUUGUGGAUUUGCCUCUUUCCGGUGCGAAGUACACUUGGAGUAGGCCGCCUAACAAAAAGAGCAAGAUUGACCGUUUUCUUUUCUCUUCGGAUUGGGAAGAUCACUUUCCAAAUAUCAUCUUCAAGCGCCUUGCAAGACCUUUUUCGGAUCAUUUUCCUAUUGAGUUAUGCUCAUUGGACUCGAAUUGGGGGGUACGAUCCGGUGAAUGUUUUGCAAAGAAGUUAAACGCUUUGAAGGAGCAGUUGAAGGUGUGGAAUAGAGAUGUCUUUGGGAGCAUUGAUAGGGCUUUAGACACGUCUCUUGCCAAUUUGAAAGAAUUGGAUGAUCUAGAUGAUGAGAGGGGUCUUACUGAAAUUGAAGAAGACAUGCUAGUGACGUCUAAAUUGGAUUUUGAGGUGGCUCAUCGUCGUCAAAGCAUAAUGUUGAGGCAAAAGUCAAGAAUUAGAUAUUUUAGAGAUGGCGAUCGUAACACCAAACAUUUUCAUCGAGUGGUGGAAGGUCAUAGAACUUUUAACAACAUCAACAACCUUCGUAUCAAUGGACGUUGGACCGAACACAAGGAAGAAAUCAAGAUGGGUAUGGAAAAUCAUUUUGAGUAA